GGUAAGUCAUUCAAGAGAACGUCAUUUAAACCACCACUCACAAUGCAUGUACCAAUGCAAGCAUGGGAAUACUAAAGAGCAAAGCGGAAUUCAUUUCCUAGCAUGUGCUUACCAAGGCGAACCAAUGAGUAUCGUUGCAAUAAACACAAGGCCGCCUAUUCAUAUGACCCAUGCAUCAUCGACCUACGUACCCACACCAGACACAAUGUUAUUUACCCUCCCAAAUAAUCUCUUGCUAUACCAAUUACUACAAAGAGAAACACCUAAGCUUGAGCUAAGCUCUACAGCUGAGAAGCAACACCGUGCUCCACCGCCCGUUACCAAUCGAAAUGGAUCCCGCCGUCUGGGGCAACUUGAACCACUUAUUUCAGGGUGAGGAUGCCUGGGCCAAGAUGGUCCGGUUGGGCACCAGGAUCGUAAAACACGCAACUGAGGAGGGCCGUAAUUGUAUUCCAGGUUACAAAAUUGUUGCGAGAUCACUCGGCGACCUAAACGGAUCUGAUGAAACAGAAGUGGACGUGAAGGCACUGCGGGCGGAUGUACGCCGGUUGGAGAAAGAGUUCAACGAAUACAAGAAGGAAGUAGAUGAGCUACAAGUGGAAGUGAAGGCAUUGGCUGCUGAUCAACUCAGAUUGGAGAAACAACUCUGCGAGUGUAGGAUAAAUAAGGCAAGUGCGGAUUUAAAUAUCAGGUCUUGCUUGCUCUAUGUAAUUGGUUUUUCUCUCUGCUUCUGCAUCUCUUUUGCUUGGGGUGCCUAGACUUCGAGAUUUGAUCAUAUGUGCUGAUGUAGUAGUUUAAGUUGUAUUUUGUAUUGUUUAAUCCCUUGGCAUUUUCCAUGUUUGUAAAUUGAUGGAACGAUGAACCUGCCAAAUUCUGUUAAACUUUGAGAUUGGCUUUCAUAUUGUCUCAAUGAUUAGAAUCUUCCUCUUCAA